AUGGAUACUUUGCAGAAGGAGCUGAUCCGCGAGGUGGAAAUGGGUCCGUUCAAGCACUCGGUGGACGACGGGCUGGACCUGAGGAAGGCGGCGUUCGAGUGCAUGUACACGCUGCUCGGCACCUGCCUCGACCGGCUCGACGUGUUCGAGUUCCUGCGCCACGUGGAGGACGGCCUCAGGGACCACUACGACAUCAAGAUGCUCACCUACCUCAUGUGCGCGCGCCUGGCGCAGCUCUGCCCCACCGUCGUGCUGCAGAGAUUAGAGAGCCUGGUGGAGCCUUUGCGUGCUACUUGCACGAUGAAAGUGAAGGCGAACUCCGUCAAGCAGGAGUACGAGAAGCAGGAUGAGUUGAAGCGAUCCGCUCUGCGCGCAGCCGCCGCCCUGUUGCAGAUCCCAGAGGCCGAUAAAAAUCCGCAUUUAAUGGACUUCGUGACGCAAAUCAAAUCGUUGCCGGACUUGCAGCCAAUCUUCGAGUCCAUACUGAAGGAUUCUUCGGGCGGGGCCGUCGACACCAAUCUCAUGGAUCAGAGC